AUGGAAGAAGUAACCGCUGGAAUACCGAACUGUGCAGUUUAUUUAGAUGAUAUAAUCGUAACAGGUCGAAAUAAUAAAGAACAUUUGAAUAAUGUUUUAAAAAUUUUUCAACGUUUGGAAGAAUACGGCUUGACAUGUAAAAGCGAAAAAUGUAGUUUUGCGCAAGAGCAGGUAGAUUAUGUUGGACACGUAAUCAAUGUGAAUGGAUUAAUGCCCACAGGAAAACGUGUAGAGGCAAUCAAAUUAAUGCCGCGUCCUCGUAAUAUUCAAGAAGUUGAAGCUUUCAUUGGAAAAGUUAAUUAUUAUAACAAAUUCAUUAAACAGUUUUCCAUAUUAGCUGCUCCUUUAAAUGAACUAAGGAAAAAGAAUGCUGUGUUUAAAUGGACAGCAUAUCAUGAAGGUGCUUUUCAAGCAUUGAAGAAUGCUAUGAUCAAAGCUACGGAACUCGUUCAUUAUGAUGAUAAGAAGCCUAUAGUGUUAGCAGUAGAUGCUUCUAAGUAUGGAAUCGGCGCAGUAAUUUCACAUCGUUAUGCUGAUGGUUCAGAGAAGCCAAUCGCGUAUGCUUCAAAAAAAUUAAACAGCAGCCAAGAACGCUAUUCUCAAAUCGAAAAAGAGGCAUUAGCAAUAAUUUAUGGAGUGACCAAGUUUCAUCAAUAUCUUUAUGGAAGACGUUUUGAAUUAAUAACUGAUCAUCAAGCGUUGACAACACUGUUUAAUCCGAAUAGAAAGUUGCCAGUGAUGGCGUUGCAUCGUUUACAGCGUUGGGCUAUUGUACUUCAAGCAUAUGAAUACAUUAUACGGUUCAAAAGUUCAUCUCAGAAUGCUAACGCUGAUGCUCUUUCCAGAUUGCCGUGUGGGGAUGACAUACAAUUUGAUAGAAAGGAAGUUGUGAUGUUAGAUGAUGUCGAUACUGUUUAUCAAAAUGCUGUGGAUUAUCUUCCAGUAAAUGCAACAUUAGUAAAGGAUAUGACUGCUAAUGACAACACUCUUCAACGUGUCAGCAGAUAUGUACAAGAUGGCUGGCCUGAACAAUUGCCGAAAUCUGAAGGUAGUAUCAAACCGUACUUUAAUCGCAGAUUUUGCUUAUCAUUUCAGAAUGGAGUGUUACUUCUUCAGGCUGAAUAUACUAGAGUGGUGCUACCGAAAGCACUGCAAUCUCAAGUAUUAAAUUUGUUACACGAGGGUCAUUGGGGUAAAGGUCGUAUGAAACAGAUGGCAAGACGAUAUGUGUGGUUUCCUCUUAUUGAUAAAGCCAUAGAACGUAUUCAUGAUGAUUGUUCAUCUUGUCAACAAGGUGCAAGUCAACCAAAGCGAGAAUUUUCUGCAUGGCCAGAACCUAGUAGGCCGUGGGAAAGAGUUCAUUUGGAUUUCGCGGGUCCAUUCUUUAAACUAACAAAAAUUAUGAAAGAGGAACAACAUAUUGACAAAGCGUUGUAUAAAUAUCUUACAACGUAUAGAACUACUCCAAACUUAGCAACUGAUAAAUCGCCAGCAGAGUUGUUACAUGGGCGGCAACCAAGAACCAUUUUAUCGGCGUUGUUCCCGAAAGUUAUGGAGACUAUGAAAACUCAAAAUAGAAGUAAAUUCGGAGUUGGAGAGAAAGUGUUAGCUCGUAAUUAUUCGGGAUCGCAUAAAUGGGUCAGAGGCGUGAUACAAAAAUUGCUGGGAAAUAAAAUGUAUUUUAUUCAAACUGAAAAUGGUUACAUAAAACGACAUCAAAAUCAAAUACGUCGAAAUUUAUCGUCAUCGCAUUCAAAUCAGCUUAGGGCAGAUAAUAUUGAUAUUGAUUUAGAUUUCGGUAUUCGGACACCACCGGUUGAGGAAACAACAAUUACUACUGGAUCCGACCCGGAACAUAGUCAAACAGAGAAAGACGACAAAAUGGGGACCGAUGAAACAAUAAUCACUACUGGAUCUGACUUGAAACAAAAUCAAAGAGAGAAAGACGACAAAGCGGAGUCCGACGACAGAUAUGGGUCCACACACACUGAUCAGUUGCCAGUUCAAUUAAGACGGUCGGUUAGAAGGAGAAGACAACCUGUUCGUUUUAAUCUAGAAUAA